GGGAAUUUACCAAAUUGCUCAGAACAUGUCAAAGGUUCACAUGUGCGAGCGUUGCUAUCGAAUUCCUCGCGACGUCCGUCGCCAACUAAUAGUCCUCCGAAGCGAUUGCCGCCGGGCGAUUGGUGGAAAGGAGUACUGGUCGGAAAACAUCCGUGCCCUGGGCGUCUAUGUCGACGAAGGCAUCCUACGCGUCAAGAAAGCUCCCAAAGAAGAAUCAAAGGAGGAAUCUAAGGAAGAAUCCAAGGACGAGGCAAAGGAUGAGCCAAUGGAGGAAUCUAAGGAAGAAUCGAAGGGCGAGGUAAAGGAUGAGCCAAUGGAGGAAUCCAAGGAUGAGGCAAAGGAUGAGCCAAUGGAGGAAUCUGAAAAAGCUUGCAAGGAACAAUCCAAGGACGACGAUAAGAAGGGAACCGAGGACGAAUCAAAUAAGGAAUCAAAGAUUAAGUCGGAACCGAAGGAUGACUCAAUGGGAGAAGCCGACGAAGACGACAAGAAGGAAGACAAAGAUGAAGCAACAGAGAAAUCAAAAGAGGAAUCCAAGGAUGCAGUAACCAACGACCGAGAUAAGAAGGACGAUGCAGCCUCGAAAGAAAAAGAGACAGACAAUGCGAAAAAAGGAGCAAUGGAAGUUGAAGCUGCAGAGAAAGGGGAUGACAAAGAGACGAAGGAAACACAGGACGGAGCAACUCCUGUGAAUGAUGACGAGGAAGAAACGGAAAAACUGACUUCGAAAGGCGAUGCCGCGGAUGCGGAAGAGGACCACAAGGACUCUGAAGAAAAAUCAGUAGGAGGCGGGGUGGGCGAAAAGGAUGAACAGAAAAGUCCCACAAAAGAGAAAGAGGACGAGAAGAAGACAAAUGAAAAUGUUAUGGAAGCGGACAAGAAUGAAGACUCCAAAAAACAGGAGAAUGACGAAGACGAGGAGGAGGGAACGACAGAAAAAGACACGAAAGAAAGCAAGAAUGAUGAUCAGGACAAAAGCUCAGUCACAGUCCACAUCUGAUGGUCGGUUUGAGGACUGUUGUGAUCCAUUGUGUAACGGAACACUUCAGCAGCAGAUACUAGACUCGAACGAAGAUUGAGUAUACAAUCUAUCUACUGUGUGUAUGCAUACUAUAUAUUAUAUUUCUACUCAAUGAAAAAAAGUCUUUUCUCGUGAGGGAGAAAAAUCGGAUCAAUCAUAAAAAAUGCUUUCUUUCUGACGAAGUUGUUGGCAUCCUUGGCGGAUGGCUCAGCUUGAUGUUCGAGGCUUUACUCGAACCUGAAACGAUGACCAUUUCUUGUUUUUCAGUCACUCGGAAGAAAAAUUAAGCUAAAAAUCUACG